CCCAAAGGAAGGUUUCACAAGAUGGCGACCGCCUUAUUGGUGAUCGCUUCAGUCACCGGCAAGCCUGAGAAAGAAGUGAGUGAGAGCACGAUUCAAGAAGUUGAGAGUCCAGAAUCGUACAUCAAGCAUCCAUUGCAGAACAGAUGGGCUCUUUGGUUUUUCAAGAAUGACAAGAGCAAAACGUGGCAAGCAAACCUUCGUCUUAUCUCCAAAUUUGAUAGCGUGGAGGACUUCUGGGCGUUGUAUAACCACAUUCAGCUGUCAAGUAACUUGAUGUCUGGAUGUGACUAUUCACUGUUUAAGGAUGGAAUCGAGCCCAUGUGGGAGGACGAGCGGAACCGUCGAGGCGGCCGCUGGCUGAUAACUCUGUCCAAGCAGCAGCGCAAAUCAGACCUGGAUCGCUUCUGGUUGGAGACGCUCUUGUGUCUCGUGGGCGAAGCUUUUGACGACCACAGCGACGACGUGUGCGGGGCCGUCAUCAACGUCCGAGCUAAAGGAGACAAGAUUGCAAUCUGGACCACGAACUAUGAAAACAAGGAGGCCAUCACACAUAUAGGGCGCGUGUACAAAGAACGGUUAGGCGUUCCGCCCAAAGUGGUCAUCGGGUACCAGUCGCAUGCCGACACGGCCACAAAGAGCGGCUCCACCACCAAGAACAAGUUUGUCGCCUGAUGACAUCGGCACGCCUUCGUUUGCCUUGUGCCCAUGGGGAAUUGUCUUUUUUUUUUUUUUUUUUUUCCCCAUGAAUGUAUGACAUGUUGAUCCGCCAGCAAGAACUUGAAGUUGACACGAUGGCCUCCUGCCUGUGUAUUUGUUGUCACUUGGCCAAAGUGUUUGGACGAGAGUACGUGUACAGUUAAAUGGCUGCACUCUUCAUGGAGAACUGUUAUGUUUGCUGAAGUGGGUGAAGGGAAAGGGAUGUUUUGAUGCCCAUUUGUUUUUGUUUUCCAAUGCAGCUGCAUAUUCAAGAGUAUAUUGUCUUUGUUUCCAGGGCACCAUAUGUCAGGAAAUGUUAAAAUCUUGUACAAAGUGUGAAUAGUAAAAGAAAAUGACCUAUUUUUGAAGAGCAGAUAAAGACAUCAUGAAAAACACCCAUGGUGCGUUUGUAGAGUUCUGGAAUAUUUAAGUUGAUGUCUUUGGCAAUGACAUGAGAUGAUGAUCAGUUCAUUGUGUUAACAAAGACCUUUAUCCUCAUUGUUUACAUGCCUUUUGUUUUGUUCAGGUGAACCUUGCAUAAUGUGAUUUCUAUUUCAGAAUUAUCUCUGACCUUCAAGCACUACCUGUGGCCCCGAACAGUAAAUGUGCAAAUACACCCAAGAUGAGUGGCAUGGUUUUCUUUCAACAAGGUGAACCUAACGGUGGAACUCAUCGCUCCAGUGCUACUAGUUGUCCACUCGGUGGCAGUAGAGCUCCAUUUUUGCAAACUGACAUCUUGCCUGACUCUCCAAACACCACACGUGGAGGUAAUUGGCAUUCCACUGAGCACUCCUCCCUCAGUUGGGAAAGGAAAUAUCUGUAAAUAGCAGCUUGGCAUCUUAGUUAUUUAUAGACCCCGCCCCUCUCACAACCGCCACCAACAACAAAAAAAAAAAAUCUACAUUACAAUGCCCUGUCCCCACCUCAGGCAACUGUCAGACCCUGGUGCUCAGCAUCUCCAGUGCGUCACACAAGCAGGGGGGGACUGCGGAAGUCAAGCUGUGAGGCCUCAGUCUUGUUUGUGUGCACGGCUUAUAAAUCUCCAGACAUGACACCACUGUGGAUGAGGUGCCUCCUCCUCGCGCUUUCCAAGGAAGCCUCCUGACAGCCAUGUCAGAGGACUACAGCGUGUCUGCUCACUUGAGGCGGGCUCAGCGGGUCGGUUAUUAAGCAUAUGGAUGCUGACAGUGUCCUGCAGUCACUAAUAAUAUUGUCAUCCCUCAGUCUGACACAAACGGGAGGAAUCCUCUCAUUUGCCAAGCGCUGUGCUUGGGGGGAGCGCCACACAUGACAUAAUCACAUGCACACAUACUGUAUGUCUGGAGACGACACUGUAUGCAUCAUAGAGUCACACCAGUGGCAUUUACAUAUGGACUAAAUCCACUUACGUACCAAGGAGACAGCAGUACAUUUUCUUAUUGUCUGAUGUGAUGGUCUUUAGCAUUGGAUUUCUCUCCCAAUGGCAAGACAGCACAGAUCAUUUGAUUCAUUAUGAAACUUCACAAAAAGAACGGCGGACACGUUAACAUAGAUCAGCAGAGCUUUUUGGAUUCUUUUUCUGAGCUAGACAGUUGUUGCUUGGCAGAAUUUGUCCUAGAAAAGACCCUUCAGUAGUAUUUUCAAAACUGAACAUACAGAAAUAAAGUAUGUUAAGUAUGACUUGCAUAAGCCGCAAAAUAAAUUCUGUGUUACAUUUGACAUAAAUGCAAUGCAGUUACAACCAAGCUGUCCACAAUGUGUGCCGUGGCACAUUCUAAAAAUAUAAUACAUUUUAAAAAACUAACAAAAAAACCCCCCAACAACAGCAAAAAAUGAAAAAAUUUACAAGAAUAGUCAAAAUAUUACGAGAAAAAGUUGUAAUUUUACGACGUAAUAUGACGAAAAUACCAUUUCACUGGCAUAAAGUUGAAAUAUUAAAAAACAUAUUGUUGUAAUAUUUUGUUGUAAUAUUUUGGAAAACAAAACAACUAACGAAGUUGUAAUUUUGGGGGUUCCCAGAGUCAGGACUAAACACAGUGGGGCUGCGUUUCAAUUUAUGCUGCCAAAAUCUGGAACAGUCUUCCAGAAGAUGUGCGACAAUCCUCAACUUUGGCUGUGGUCAAAUCCAGGCUGAAAACACUUGAAUUGAAUUGUGCAUAUGACAGCGGUAAGUGUUUUAUCUGCACUCUUCACUUUUAUAUUCCUUUUUCAUUUUUUGUUCUAAUCUGUGUGGCGUUUGCACAUUCUCCCCGUGCGUGCGUGGGUUUUCUCCGGCUUCCUCCCACAUUCCAAAAACAUGCAUGUUAGGUUAAUUGGCGACUCUAAAUUGUCCAUAGGUAUGAAUGUGAGUGUGAAUGGUUGUUCUAUAUGUGCCCUGCGAUUGGCUGGCGACCAGUCCAGGGUGUACCCCGCCUCUCGCCCAUAGUCAUACCCCCACGACCCUAAACAGGAUAAGCGGCAUAGAAAAUGAAUGGAUUUUUUUUUUAUGGAAUUUUAUGUAAUGAUUUGAGAGUGAUUUUUUUCAUAGUGUACGAAUUGUGCUCUAUAAAUAAAGUUGUUUUGCCAAAUUUUUGGAAAAUUAGGAUGCGGAAAGUUACGUUACGAGAAUAAUGUCAUAAUUAUAAGAAGAAAAUUACAAGAACAAAUUUAAAAAACAAAAACAAACAGCUGUAAUUAUAUGAGAAUAAACUCAUAAUUUUAUGAGGAAAAAUGUCAUUUUAGUAUUCUUCGAGUUGAAAUAUUAAAGAAAAAGAUGAUUUGAAAUAAAAUUGGGUUGCAGAAAGGUUUUAAUGUUCCAAGAAUAAAGUCAACAUAUGGGAAUAGUCAUAAUUGCAAGAAGAAAAUUGAAAUAGUUGGAAAAAAAACGAGAGAAUAAAGUCUAAAUAUUAAGAGAAAAAAAAUUGUUCUAAAGAGAAAAAAAGUCACAAUUUUACAAGAAUAAACUUGUAAUAUUAUGAGGAAAUGUCAUUUUAAUAUUUUUAGAGUUGAAAUGUUAAAGAAAAAUUUUCCUGUUUAAAAGUCAUAAUAUGAAGGUAGUUGUAAUUUCUUGAAAAAAGUUAUAUUAUGGGAGUAAAGUCUUGAUAUUACGAGAAUCAAAUUUACAAAGAUUAUGUAGGAAGUUUGAAUAUUUGGAAAAUAAAUUUAAAAAACCCAGCAAAAAUAGGAAAAAGGAGCAAAGAGUGAAGUUCAUACUAACAAUAUGCUUUUUCAUCUACCUCACAAAGCUGACGAGCAGUUUAAAAAAAAAAAAUACUAACUUUGGUCAACCGUGGUUUAAACAAAUGCGCUAGCUCGAUGCGCAACCUUUCCUCAAAGAUGACUUAUAAUUUCAGUGCAUUUAAAGUAUGCAUAGAAAUGUGUUAAAAUACAAAAUGCUAUCUAUAACCAAAGACAGAAAUUCCAAAGGAACCAAUAUUUUCAGGAAAAAUAUGCCCUCUAAAGCCACAAGAACGUGAGAGUAUGAACCGCCGCUGUGCAUGACAUUCCCAAUUCUACAACACUUCAACUCGGCAAGCAUCAGUGGAUUGACUCCAUGCAUUUGUUUUGCCAUUUCUUUGGCUUUUUAUGGCUUUUUAGUAACACUAAUUCAAAAAGCCGCCCAUACUGGAGCCUCGCAGACACCACUAACACUAACUCAACUAACACCACUCAAUUUAAUGGCCCAAUGGAAAAAUAAUGAAAAUCAGGACAUUUUCAUCAUUUUCAAAAACAAAACUCAGGAUAGCCAGGACAGGACGUGAAAACAGGACAUGUCCCGGGAAACCCGGAUGUUUGGUCACCUUACUUUAUAAGGUUCAACAAGAGACAGGCCAGGCACACUUAGAAUCAUAAUGACAGUAGGUAACUAAUGGUGCCGGUCUUCUUUGACAGCAAAUUUGAAAUGGCACUACAGAGCGUUGUCGCCACUUACAGGAGUAUUAAUAGAAAACACCCUGCUGCAAAAAAAAUCCCCUUCAGAAUAAAAGCGCAAGGAAAUCACUGACAAUGAGCAUUUAAUGUAGCAUGUAAUAAUCUCUCUGGAAAAACUUGGCUGGAACUUGAACUGGUGGCUGGUGGGUCGGCAUUCAUUUUGUGCUUUUAAUUUGAUGUUAUUCAUGUCUUAGUUUUACACAAUACAUCAUAAAUAAGAUAAAUUAGAUUGGCAUAAUGUCCGCGGGAGAUUAGUGGGAACACAAGCCGGUCCGUGGGUCAAAACAGGUUGGGGACCACUGCAGUAGAUGAUCUUAGACUAGCAGAUUCAAAUUCAAAACAGUAAGACUCCAGCUUGGCUUCUUUUUCCUCUUGAAGGUUAGAAGUCUACACAGUAU